UCAAGGAUAGGGCUCUAAAUUAAAAAAAAUCAAAGCCUCCGAGAAUGAGAAGACUCCUCCGAUCCGAUGACGGAACUCGUCCUUCUCCGACGUCGUUUUCUUCUUUACCGGACGACGUCGCUCUCAAUUGUUUGGCUCGUAUCUCAAGAUUCCAUUAUCCAACUCUAUCUCUCGUCUCCAAAGGUUUCAGAUCUCUCCUCGCUUCCCCUGAACUCGAAGCCACACGUUCCUUCAUCGGAAGCCCCGAGAACCACCUCUGCGUCUGCCUAAAGCUGAACAACAAUCCUAACCCUUGCUGGUUCACAGUUUCCCCGAUUCCCGAACGGAGAUUGAAACCCAUCCCUUGGUUUCCUCAGCAAUAACAGUACCCUCAAUCCCCGACCGUUGUCUCAACCGGUUCGGAGAUUUACGUUAUCGGAGGCUUCGUCAACGGAAAAAGAAGCAGAAGAGUGUUCGUUUUCGAUUGUCGAUCUCAUCAAUGGCGUAGAAUCCGCAAAAUGCACUUACCUCGAGCUGCUGCAGCCGCGGAUGUGAAUGAAGAUAACGGUAAGAUCCACGUGAUGGGAGGCUGCAGGUCCAAGGAAUGUGAGGAGGUUUAUGAUCCAAAGACCAAUACUUGGGAGUCCCCCAAACCACUAGAUUUCACCGUUCGGAAGAAUAUGUUUAUUUUUAUUGAGGGAAAGGUCUAUGGCUUGGAUGGUUUGAAGCUUAACUUGAAGACCAAUGUUUGCUUACUUGAGAUUGAGAGUGUGUUUUGCCUAAUCUCGGUUUCUGGUGGGAAUCUAUUGUGGCGUGAACCAAAGCAACGUUUUGUUAGUGUUGGGGUUAAUGGGCUUGAAGAACUCUCCUCUCAUCAUUUUGUUGCUGUGGCGAUAUCCGGCGGCGGCAGAGGAGGAGGACGAGUCACAGUUUGGUGGAAGUCGUUGACAGAGUUUUUGGAGUUGCAGGAGGAGGAUUCGACCGAGGAAUGUGAAACGCAUAUUUCGUGUGCUGAGAUUUUGUUUGAGAGACGUGGUUUGAAUGAGCUUUGGGGGUUCGUUCAAUGGUCUAAACAAGUGUUCACCGUUGAUGGAUUUGAUCCUACUUCCCUUUUCUUUUUAAACUCUGUUAUCGUCACUUAUUGUUAUUGAUCAACAAUGGGACUUUUUAUUUUACUUUGUUGUGGUAAUCUUUUAGUGAACGUUUACUCUUAUGAUUUUAAGUGAUUACUUCAUUGUGGUAAUCUCCUUAGUUUGGCGUUUGUAUUUCUUUGUAUUUAUCAAAUGAGUUUGUUUGGAAUCA